UGAAUUGAAUGUCCACUUUUACCCUCUUUGAUUAAUCUCACACUGUUUGAUUAAUUUCAUGAUCAUUAAUGAUAACUUACAAGCUAUCAAUGGUUAUUAUAGGAUAUUAUUCAGAUUUUCCUUUUUAAUUCAUACAUGCUUAUUUUAAAUUUUGAUUUAAACCAGUUUUGAAUUUUUAAUUUGAAUUAAGUUUUCUGCUCAGCAGGUUAAAGACAGAGAAGCAGUACUUACCCCCACCUUGUGGUGAAAACCAGCUACUCCUUCUCCCUUGUUUCAUUCCUGUCUUUUAUUUUGAUUUGUAUUAUUCUUUCUUCUCUCUUUUGAUUUAGGUUAUUUUAAUAAUUACCAUUAUUAUAAUUCCCUUUCUUUGUUUUAUCAUUAUUAGGUAAAGCUGUUACCUUUCCUCUCUACAUAUAGUUACUCAAUUGAUGUUAAACAAACCAAACCUUAAUUAACUUUAAGUUUCCUUUGUUCAUCCUUUGUGUAUUUGAUUGUAGAACUCCCUUGGUGAUUGGACAGUCAUCUCAGGUUUCCAGUGAGCAAGGCUGCCCGAUCGGUGUUACCGAUACUGGCUGCGAGUGAAACUCGGUCCCUCUUGUCUCAAGAGACGUCAGCAAUUUUCGCACUCCAAAGGUUGUGCUAAAAGUCACAAGCCGUGCUGUCCUGCGACACGCCAGAGUAACGGAGGACCGGGGACACUGCGGUUCAGUGUUUGGGGAGCACCGGGGAGGUUGACCAAGCCACUGGUUCCCACCUGAAUGACUUCAAUUCAACCAGAGACAGUAACCUGGGAGCCACCAACGAAGUUAAAUAGUAGAGCGACAACCAGCAGCCGGUGUCAUCACACGACCCGCUAGGCUACUGCCUGUCAAAUCUCCAUUUCAGAGAAUCAGGAUGUUCCAGGCAUCCAGUCCAGCAGUCCACGGGGGCCACCUCUCGACAUGGUUGAAAGCAGUGACGACCCCCUUCCUGCCCAAGGAUGCCAUUAACCUGCAGCACCCAGAGCAACUAGACACCGAGCUAGAUGAACUGAUGGCACGCGAUCCAAACCAAAGCGACUACUACAGAGAACUCGCCAGGAUCUUCGGAAGCCUAGUUCCCAUUCUCGUCGCCCAGGCACCGCUCAGUGAACGGAGCAACAUCGCGGAGGAGGCCUGGAAGGACCAGGCCCCAACCCAGAGUCAUCUUGAUCAGCUUCUCCUCGAGACCCAGAACCAGCGCGAGAAAGAGGACGACACAGAUCCAGAGCUACAGACAGGAGUUGAAAGACUUCACAAUGCCCUGCAAGAUCUUCGCCUCGACACGGAUCAAAGAGAACAGCUGGAGAGAGAAGCCAGAAAAGACCUCACCAAGAAACUCCAGCAAGGUGACGCUCUCCUAAAAAGAGCAGAGACUGAAUUGAAAGAAAGAGACUAUAAAACCUGGGCCUGCAAAACACACUUGCAAGCGGCCCGAGCUAAAUUCAACAAGCUCCAAGAUGAACUUGACACUGUUCACACUGAACUGAGACAAUCUCACAGGUUACAGAGUGGCUGGAUCGGAGAAACGCACACCACAAAAUUUCUCCCGGGCCGCCACUCCAACCCUUUCAGCCAAGAACCCAGAGCUGGAAAAGGGGGUGUAACAAGAACCAGCUUACAAGAACAUCUGUCAACAACGGAGGGAAGAGAACCCUUCCAGAGAACGCAUGUCACCAAACCCUGCACUGCUCACAGAGAACUUCACAAGCUAGCCAGAAGCAUCUCUACAUUCAUUCCAGAUCCUGCAGGAGGACAUGAUGUUCAUGCUUCUUUACAAGCCAUUGACUUUCAUUUGCAAACUGUCGCCAACGUGACAGAUGUGAACACAUUGUACCUGUUAAAAAUCACGGCCAGCCGUGAUGUGCAUUGCUUUCUGGAUCGUCAACCAGAGACUGUCAAAGCGUACUACCAGCAACUGCUACAGACUUUGAUUCUUGAAUUCUCUGAUCCAAACUCAGACCAUGGGCUCCUUAUUGCUAUGGACCUCAAACAGGGCCGAUUUGAAAACCCACAGACUUUCUGUAGUCCGCUACGAAACACCUACUUCGGAGCAUGCAACGAACCAGGUAUGGAACAGGAUUUCAACUUAAAAACUCUGUUCCUCCCAAACCUACAUGCCAGUUGGAGUUUUCAUCUCAGAGUCCCAGCGUGUCCCCGUAACAGGACUACACAAGAGUUACGGAACUUAGCCCACAAAGCUUGCACCAAGCAAAAGACUAUUUGUGAAAAGACUGUGAAAAACCCCAACGUCUCUGUCUCUGAGCACUGCUUGGAGUUAACCCUAGAUGGCGCUCUACAACACCACAGUCACAGACAUCUUUACAGAGAGUCAAUACCAUUCCAAGCCAGCAGAGGGCAACACAGUGCAGCCACGUCUGAGACAGCAGAGAUCCUGAGGGUGCUGAAAGUGCUUCUUCACAUGAAAACUCACAAGGAAGAUGAGCCAAGCACCCAGAACACUGCCCGUCAUCUACAGACCACAGAGCUAACUGUCACAGCACAAGGUGACAGCAACACCCAAGCUCCACAGUCAACACCUGCACACCCUGAACGAGACAGCACAGGUCCUCACGCCAGGUACCACAAACACAAGGUACCAGAAAAUGCUGUUUCGACUACCUGCCUUCGCAGCGAGCUACACAAAACCACCACCCACCGAUCGUCCCACCUGCCCUAAUGCCAACAUUCCUGGGCAGCCCUGUCAAAAAGGGGGUGGGUCGAAAAGGAGUCAACAGGGAAGACCUGAUCGACACAGGAUUAAACCUGACG